AUGAUGCUUACUCAUCUUAUGGGAAAGCUCAAGAAUCAUCUUCUAUUAACUUCCAAAUGCAAUAGCCUUCAAUCUGAUCCUAUAUAUAUUGUUGAAACUGUGGAAACCCCAAGAGCAAAUAAAGAAGUGGUACCAAAUGAUGUGAAAGAAGGAUACUUUGCAGUAUUCUCGGUGAAUGCACAGGAAGAGCCAAAAAGGUUUGUUGUGGAACUACAUUGGCUCACUAAUCCUUCAUUCUUGAAAUUACUCAAACAGACUGAAGAUGAAUAUGGAUUUGGACAAAAAGGUGUUCUUGAAGUCCCUUGUCUCGCCGCGGAAUUGCAGAAAAUUCUUAAAAUUAAGAUUGGAAGGAACACCACUGCUAAUUUUGCAGUUUAG